CAGGUGAACAAGGUGAUGUCCAUCUUGUUUUAUGUGAUAUUUCUCACUUGUCUUCGUGGCAUCCAGUCUACCAACAUGGAUCAAAGGAGUUUGCCAGAAGAUUCAUUAAAUUCUCUUAUUAUUAAACUUAUUCAGGCAGACAUUUUGAAAAACAAGCUUUCUAAGCAGAUGGUAGAUAUUAAGGAAAACUAUCAAAACACAGUGCAGAAAGCAGACACUCAGCAAGACAUGGAUGGAGAUGAAAAUGUGAAAUCAGACUUCCAGCCAGUUAUCUCAAUGGAUACAGACCUCCUAAGGCAGCAGAGACGCUACAACUCUCCCAGAGUCCUCUUGAGUGACAACACGCCGCUGGAACCACCACCGCUCUACCUUAUGGAGGAUUAUAUUGGAAAUUCGGUGGUGGUGAACAGAACCUCCCGGCGGAAAAGGUACGCGGAGCACAAGAGCCACCGAGGGGAAUAUUCCGUUUGUGACAGUGAAAGUUUAUGGGUCACGGACAAAUCAUCCGCAAUUGACAUUAGAGGACACCAGGUAACUGUGCUGGGAGAAAUUAAAACAGGCAACUCUCCGGUUAAGCAAUACUUUUAUGAAACGAGGUGUAAAGAAGCGAAGCCUGUCAAAAACGGCUGCCGCGGCAUUGAUGACAAGCACUGGAACUCCCAAUGCAAGACAUCCCAAACUUAUGUUAGAGCACUGACUUCAGAGAACAAUAAACUGGUAGGCUGGAGAUGGAUAAGAAUAGACACCUCCUGCGUGUGCGCGUUGUCAAGGAAAAUAGGAAGAACAUAA